AUGGCUCCCGCACACGCCUCUCAACAAACUCCGGGAUACAUCAACCACCUCAAGAACAUCGCUGUAGUUGGUGCGAACGGAACGAUAGGAUCGCAUAUCGUUUCAGAGCUUCUGGAAAAGAACAUCUUCAACAUCACUGCGAUUACCCGAGCAGAAUCAAAAGGCAUGUUUGCAGAUGGAGUCAGCAAAGAAUAUGUCGACUACAGCAAUACCGAUACCAUCGUUGCAGCAUUGAAAGGCAAAGAUGCUCUUGUAAUCACCAUGGCAGUCACGGCUGCAAAAGACACACAAGCAAAAUUGAUCCGCGCUGCCGCCGCAGCAGGCGUACCAUGGGUCCUUCCGAAUGAGUUUGGCAUGUACAACACCGACGAAGCGCAAAACGACACAAUCGGAGACAGCAAGACCAAAGAUCGCGCACUUAUCCAGUCGCUCGGUCUUUCGUACAUUGGCGUUACAUGCGGCUUCUGGUACGAGCACUCGCUCUCUGCGGCAGAUCUAUACGGCUUCGAUAUUGCCAAGCGCGAGGCUAUUUUCUUCGACGACGGCGCGCAGAAGAUAAACACGUCGACGCGGAAGCAGACUGGAAGCGCAGUCGCAGCGAUACUAUCACUGCCACUUCUGCCGAAAGACGAGAACGACAAGAGCUUGACGUUAAACUCGUAUCGCAACCGCAUGGCCUUUGUCGCUUCGUUUGCGCUUUCCCAGCGCGACAUGCUGGAUUCGCUGCAGCGAGUUACCAAUACCUUGGAUAGUGACUGGAAUAUCUCACGUGUGCCAGCAAAAGAGCGGUUCGCUGAAGCUAAACAAGAAAUUGGGAAAGGCAAUCGUGCGGCGUUCGGACGCGCAUUGUACACGAGGUACUUUUACGACGAUGCUGGUUUGUUCGAGAAGACCCAUGGUCUGGAUAACGAGAAGCUGCGGCUGUUGAAGGCGGAUCUGGAUGAGGCAACCAAGGUGGCAAUAGGGUUGCAAGAGAGCGGAUAUUGGGAUAAUUAUGGUAAAAACUGA